UAUUUUUGCAAGUAUACCAUUAGGUUUUGCUUCUCAUUCGUUAAACGUUAUCGUUGUUCACAGCUCGACCUAGUCGAAACCAGUCAGUAGUCUUCUUCUCUCAGCUUCACCACUAGACUUCGUCUUCUCCAUCUCCGACUACACCAGGUUUCGGUGCGUGAUAGGUUGAUUUAAUUUCGCUUGUUUUGCAGCAGCAAUCAUGGCAGAUGAUCAGAAUGAUGUGAAGGAGGAGGUGGCGCUGGCAGACAUUGCCCCUUUUGAUCCUAGUAAAAAGAAGAAGAAGAAGAAGGUUGUAAUUGAGGAUCCAGCUGAUGAUUCUGUGGACAAGUUGGCUGAGAAAACGGAAAGCCUGGCAGUUUCUGAUGGGCAGGACAGUGCAUUUUCUGGUUUGAAAAAGAAGAAGAAGAAGCCAAUUGAAACCAGUAUUUUGAAUGAGGAGCCUGGCGAUGUACCGGAGGAUUUGGAUGAGCACCCGGGUGAGGAUGAAGAAGGAGAAGGAAUUUUACUGGAGGCCUCCAAUCCUUGGGAGGGUAGUGAUCGUGAUUAUGAAUAUGAGGAGCUUCUUGGAAGGGUGUAUAACAUUCUUAGGGAGAAUAAUCCGGAGCUAGCUGGAGACAGGCGUAGGACAGUUAUGAGGCCUCCACAAGUUCUACGUGAGGGCACAAAGAAAACUGUCUUUGUGAAUUUCAUGGAUCUGUGCAAGACGAUGCAUAGGCAACCAGAGCAUGUACAGAAUUUCUUGUUGGCCGAACUGGGGACAAGUGGAUCACUUGAUGGACAACAGAGGUUAGUUGUCAAGGGAAGGUUCGCCCCCAAGAAUUUUGAAGGGAUUCUGCGGCGAUAUGUCAAUGAAUAUGUGAUUUGCCUUGGUUGCAAAAGCCCUGACACUAUACUGUCAAAGGAGAAUCGCCUGUAUUUUCUCAGAUGCGAGAAGUGUGGUUCUGGACGAUCAGUUGCUCAGAUCAAACAAGGUUUUGUUGCUCGUGUUGGGCGUAGGAAUGCCGGGGCAUGAUCCUGUUUUGCAUUUGGCUUCUGGUUAUGCCUGCUGUUCUGUGUAUUAGGAGAACCAUGGUUUACUACUAGUUUAAUGAAAUUUUGGAUUGCCUGUUUGUUACUACCUAGAACAACGGUAACAGUUGUGAUAUGUACACUGAGGAGAUAACUCUGGCUAUUUUGCUGUCACAUACUCAUCUAUUGCUUCCAAGUCCUUAUGUUUGAGUUGAGAAAGGCUUCUAUGA